GAGCAGGCUAGCACUAGAAAGUUUAUUCCGUUUUAAGUGGUUUGAAGUUCAAACGCGUCCAACGGGUUCUAAUAGACUGUAAAAAAUUUUUGAUAUCUUUUUAAGAUACUGUUCUGCAAUUUUAAAAAAUGUCACUAAGAAAGUGCUGUAAUACGAAAAACAUGAGAAGACAAAAUUAACAGUACUAAAACAGCGGAAAGAGCAAAAAGAAAAAAUGAAAUCAAAUGUAUCCAAGAAAAAGAGUAUCUCUGAGGAGAUAGCUAAACAGUUCUCAAUUUCUGAGAAUCGUAUGUACUUCUGAUAUGAUUAAGUUACUAACUGAAUGAUAUUUCUGCACUUUCUAAUAAUAUACAUGUUGAGCAUCGUUUGUCCUUGUUUAACAUUUGAUAAAUGACAAGAAUGAAAUGAUUCCACGAGCGUUCACCUGACACAGCUGUAGGUUUUGAAAUGAUGAAUGAUAAAAGCUGCUUAAUAUUGAGCCAGACAAUGAAGAAUAUGAGUUUUUUUACAUAUAUGACUGAGAUACAAGCAUUAGUUCUACCCCUUCUUGAACGGAGAGAUUUGGUAUUGAUUACAUCCUACAAGAGAAUUGUCUAUGCAAACUUUCGGAGUCUUGGAAGACUUAAUGAAAUAUCAUUAUCACAUAUAUAGUCUUCUACUGGAUGGUGCCAAUAGACAGACCGAAGCGCAUACACUCGAAAAAGGGAUCAAUAUUAUCGUGGCAAUGCCAGAACAGUUAUUAGAUCAUUUGCAAAACACACCUGAUUUCUUCUAUAAGAAUCUUCAAUGUUUGAUAAUUGACGAGGAUCGUAUUUUAGGUAUUGGAUACGAGGAACAGUUGAUCGUCAAUAUUCUUCCCAAACGUCGGCAAACUAUCCUCUUCAGUACUUACACACAAGGUAGCAAUGAUAACAAAAUUAGCGCUAAAAAAAAACCUAUAUAUGUGGAAGUCGACAACGACAAGGAAAUGACGACUAUGGAGGGCUUACAGCAAGGUUACAUAGCAUCAAGUGACAAAAGAUUUCUACUUUUGUUCACAUUCUUAAAGAAAAACAAAAAAAAAGUGAUGGUCUUCUUCAAUUCUUGCAUAUCUGUUAAAUAUUACCAUGAACUUUUAAACUACAUUGAUUUACCAGCGAUGAAUGUACAUAGCAAGCAGAAACAGAUGAAAAGAAUUACGACCUUUCAUCAAUUUUGCAACGCUUUUUCGGGAAUUUUGCUCUGCACUAAAGAUGCCGCGAAAGAUCUGGAUACCUAAUGUCGAUAUUGGAUCGUGCAGUACGAUCAACCAGAUGAUCCCAUAGAAUACAUCCAUCGUAUUGGUCGAACCGUUCGCGGAGACAAUAGUAGCGGUCAUGCAUUGUUGAUAUUAUGAUCACAGGAGCUUGACUUCCUUCGUUAUCUCGAAAUAGUUCGUGUAUCUAUAAACGAAUACGAAUUCUCUUGGAAAAAAAUUACUGAUAUACAAUUACAGCUUGAAAAGUUAAUAUCGAAGAAUUACAUCUUAUACCAGUCGACAAAGGAAGCCUUCAAAGAUUAUGUUAGAGCAUAUUAUUCACAUUAUUUGGAGCAGAUUUUUGAUUUUAUAGAAAAUCUGGAUCUGGCGAAAGUCGCCAAGUCUUUCGGAUUUAUUGUACCACCGGCAAUAAACUUAAAAAUUAGUAAGUCUUCACGACCACAAAAGAGACUCAGCGGAGGCGGUUACGGACAUUUCAAAAAUAUAAACGAUCCGAGUUCGGCAAAAUGGCUGAAACGCAUCAAGAUCUUUCGCCAGCUAGGCAAACGUGGGCAGGAUAAUCGGUAAUUCAGCAGGUAACGCGCACCUUAUACGUGUAGACGAUAGACAAUGGUGUUCGAUGGCGUUCAUUAAGCAUCAAUUUAAUGAUAUUAAUACAUCUCGAUGUGAUAACUUGAGUAUCGAGAUACAGUUGACAAUUCCAAUUUGAUUGCUAGAAAAUGAUCGUACCGCACUAUUGACAAUUCAUAAAUAAAGUGUAGCAUGUGAGAAGCAUAUGUCCAGAUCGUCAUUAAUAUUCCGUAGUUUAAUGUUUUUUUUACUGUUUUUAUAAUCCAACCGAUUCACUAGUGUCAGAUUGGGUUUUUCAAAGGGUUUUUGGAUUCUAAAAAAUCUAAAAAAAAUCUGAUAUAUUCAAGAAUACGAUUUUACAAUGAUAUAAUCCGAAAUGUUUUCAUUUUGUUUGUAUUUGCGUGACUCUUCAAAGCCCUCAGUUGGACCACGAAGGGUUAAAGUCAAAAUAAACUAUCGCAUGUAUUAUAUAUACAGUAAAUAGCUUUAGUGAACGAUCAUAAACAAAUCAUUUGAAUCUUCAUCGAACGGCAUCACUUUGUACGCAAGAUUAAGACAUAAGAUAUUUGAGAUAUUAUUAAGUCUUAGUUGAAGCAUAUGUACAGUUUUAGAUUUGACAUCAGAUCGAAAAUACAUUCGCUUUAUGUUAAUAAAAAACUAUCGUUCUAGA